UUUUGUUGUUUGGCAAUGUCAGCAACAAGCGCUGCUGGACAUCAGUCCCACCAGCCUUCAUCCUCAUCCUCUCAACAGGUCGACCCCGCCAUCGAGAAACUCGUUCGUGAAACCAAAUCGCUCAAGCAAAAGAUCGACCUUCUUGAAGCAGAAAAUAAAGCACUCAAAAAAUCACUUUUCGAGUUGUCCUAUAUCUACUCCUCACAGUUAGGACAAGAAAAGGCCCAUUGCUGUCAGGAUAUACAGAAGUGCCAUCGUUAUAGUAAUAAUCAUACCCAUCACCAACAGCAGCAACCACAACAAUAUGGACAUAAUAAUCAUCAUACAUCAGCAACAGCAACAGCAACAACGGACGAAGGAGAUUCAUCAGGAAAUAAUAGUAUAACAGGAAAGGGUACAAGCGCCAAUCCAAGUUCAGGUCAGAGCACAGUUGGCUUUCAGAAUGAUAUGGCUCAGCUUUUGGAUCAACUCCUCUCAAAUAUGACGAUUACACAACAAAAUCAAAACAAAGUCGAUGCAGGAACAACCAAUCCUAUCAGUAGCUCCGAUCCUACCCUACGAAAUGUAGAAACACAAUUCAAGAAUGCAGCAGAUCUGAUCAAGGCAGAAGAGGACAACGUGCGGCGGCUGAAUAUGGGCAAUAUCGUGUCGAGACAAGAUGGAUCUUCAAAAUCAGAUGGACGACAAUUCUACUUGAAAAACGACUUGAAGGGUCAUCAAGGAGCUGUCUAUGCUGUACAAUACUCUCCUAAUGGCAAAUUCCUCGCUACCGGCUCGUUUGAUAAGACUGUGAGGAUUUGGGAUGGCACAACGAAUCAAAAUGAGUUGUAUGUUCUCAAGGGGCAUGGACUCAAUAUAUCGGAUUUGGCAUGGGGAUAUGAUUCUACUGUUCUGCUUUCAGCUGCCUAUGAUAAGACCUGCAGGCUCUGGGAAGUCGAAUCAGGAAAACUUUUGGAUAAUUUUGACCACGAUGGCUUUGUACAGUGUGUACGAUUUCAUCCGCAAAAUAACAAUAUCUUCUUCAGUGGAACAACACGCAACCUAUUAAGCAUGAUUGACAUAAGGAGAGACAAUAGUGGCGCACCUGCUACGGCGAUCAAGAACGACACAAUGGUCAACUCAAUCUAUGUAUACCAUGACGGUCUGACCGUCAUAUCCGGAGAUUCUUCCGGAUAUCUGAAAACUUGGGACAUCAGGAUGGGUCGAGUAUUGCAAUCCAUUUUGAACGAGCCCACAAAAAAACCUAUUUCUCAUAUUGCAGUCUCAAAGCAGCGUGGAACUUUGGAUGGCAUUGAUAGCGUUGAGAAUGAAGAGCCGGAAUCCCGCUGGCUCGCUGUGAAUAGCUAUGACAAUGUAAUUCGAGUUUAUGAUAGGGGAUUCGAGCCACCAACGACAAUACCACGUCUCAUCCAUUCACUGAAGGGCUACAGGAAUAAACAUUGGCCUAUCAAAAGCGCCUUUUUCCAUGGACAAGAAUAUAUUGCUGGUGCGGCGACUAGACGGCCAGGAAAAGUGCGAGGUGCUGACGGAGAUGAAGAGCCCCAGUCGAUUCUUUCAGACAAAGAUAUGCCUCUAGAGUCUAGUCUAUUGCUUGCUUCAGGAAGCAUGGACCCAUACGUGUAUCUGUUUGAUGUUAGUGCAGGGGAUGGACAAUAUGAACUACUUCAAAAGCUGCCUGGACAUACGGAUCGGGUGUAUGAUGUGGACUUUCAUCCGAUUGAUCAUGUUCUCGCCUCAGGAUCCGCAGAUUUCACCGUUAAAGUUUGGGGUCGUGCCUCAAAGAGGAAGAAAUAAUCGUAGGAAGAAGAGCUCCAUAAAG